AUGGCUGAUUACAUCCCGGAUAUCUCCUUUUUUCGCAUUUCAUAAUCCUAUUUGAUCACAAGAUUUUUCGUCCAGUAUAUCAUUUUCUUCAAUAUGACUACGAGUUAGUGGGCUUGUGAAAAAUAUGAUCUGGUGUAUUUUUUGUAGAAGCUUAGAUUUGAUUGUUUGACUUUCGGAAUGCAUACGUGUUUAUAAUAUUUCUUUUUAAAUAGUAUCUACUUUCAUACAUUUUUCAAGUCUGAAAACUUUAGUGGUAGUCCCAAAAAUCAGUUCAAACAUCUUUGCUUUUUCAGAUUCACUUUGUGCUUCUCAUCAGCCGGCAAGGUAAAGUGAGGCUAACUAAAUGGUACUCUCCAUACGCACAGAAGGAAAGAUCCAAGGUACAGAAUGUAGCGUCUAGAUGUUUCCUGCAGUAGCCGAUUGUAAACAUUUUGACGCCUUAUUAUUCUCCUCCACUAUUCUUUUUUUCCCCUCACAACUGUUUUCAGCUUGCUGCAGAAAUGUAUUUGAGAAGGCACGGUUCUAUUUGAGUUGUGCCAUAUACAUGGGAUGUUACUCUGUCCUUUAUUUGACCUUGGUGUUGAUGGGAAAUAAUCCUUAAACAUUCUUCUAAAUUUCCUUGCUCUCACAUGAAAAAUAAAAGAAAGUGAGGACUUUAUGUCACCUAGACGGUGAAAGAAAGAACUUUUUAUAAACUUCUCCACUGGCUGUAAGAAAUGUAUUUGAUAAAGAACUGUUUUUAACCACAAGGAAUUUGGUGACAAUCUUGUCAAAUUCUGAGAACUGAUCAUUCCAGAUUGAUUUGCAACUCAUCUGACGUUGGCAAGUUUCAGUGCAUAAAUCUUGACGAAGAUUUUAGAAAAUUCAGGACCAACCAGACCAGACCCUCAGAAUUGGGUGAACAUGUCUGAUAUGUCAGUGUAUUUCUGGUUCCUUGGUUCCAACAUUUUCUAUAGUGACAGUUGGCAUAAUGUCUUAAAGAUUUAUUGUUCUAACGCCGGUAUCUUUCUUAUUCGCUACAGAUGUUUCUCCUCAAUUCCUGUACCAGAUAUGUUAUUUAUUUAUACUAGUUUUAGGUUUUCCAAUAACUGAGAUACAUUACCUUUCUAUGGCUAUCUAUUGAGCAAAUUGACAUUUGCUUGCAUUAGGUUUUGUUUUCCAAUAUCUGCUCUUUCUAAUAGGUAUGAAUUGAGAAAACUAAGUUCUGGAAUGUUUAGUAUUACAGAUGCUUUAUUUUUAUUUGCCCCCCCUGAUGUUUUCUUUUUGAUGUUGAGGUUUAUUUAUGUUUUAUUCGCGUAAUGUGAAUAAAGGCAAAAGACCUAAAUUUAUCUUUCUUUGGAGACGUUUCUCAAUUCGCAUCUUUUCCAUAAUUUUGAUGAUUUUGCAUUACUGUGCAGGUGCUUCGAGAGCUUAGUGGAGUCAUUCUGACACGGGGACCAAAGCUUUGUAACUUUGUAGAAUGGAGAGGUUUGAAAGUUGUCUAUAAAAGGUAUCCUACAUUCACGUCUGAUUUUAUUUUUUUUCUUGCGCUGAUCGAUGGCCUUUUUAUUUUUCUUUUUCAAGUAAUCAUACCCUAUCAGUUCAUCAGUUCAUGUAAUGAAGCUUUUGACAAUAAUAUCUAAAACACGAGCUGCAGAUAUGCCAGUCUCUACUUCUGCAUGUGCGUUGAUGCAGAGGACAAUGAACUGGAGACCCUCGAGAUUAUUCACCAUUUUGUUGAGAUUUUGGAUCGCUAUUUUGGAAGCGUGAGGCGACAGACCCCUGGCUCUAGUUCAAAUCUUUGACUUCACUGUCGGAGCGUUGACAUUUUUCCAUUCCCUGCAGGUUUGUGAGCUGGAUCUGAUCUUCAAUUUCCACAAGGUGGGCUGGCGUCUUGUCUUGACUAAUCGUUCGAUCUAUGGCUCUGCUGACCCAAUUUCGCCCUUUGUCUCUCUCUCUUGUUAGGCGUACUACAUACUCGAUGAGCUACUGAUCGCUGGAGAGCUCCAAGAGUCAAGCAAGAAGACUGUGGCCCGGCUCAUAGCAGCCCAGGUAACAAUAAAGCAAAUCAUUGCAUUAUGUACAAAUUUUCUAACAUAAUGAUCGUUUAAGCAAUCUUUUUGACAUCUUCCCACGUGGCAGCCCCUCCCUCCCUCUCUCUCUCUCUCUCUCUCUCUCUCUCUCUCUCUAUCUUUCUGUGGGCCCUACCAACAACGAGGGCCGUAGAAAAGAUGCCCGGGCAGAACCUACCCUUUAGUAAAGAGGCCGUCAAUUUGUAGGAAUAUCACAUGCUGAAUUUGGGCGGCCGACCUCAGCUUCGGCCGGUCAUCUACCUUCUUUAUGUGGCAGCUUUUCUUUUCUUGGGCUCCUGAGCUUUUUUGCGUUCAGCCAUGAAAUGCUCUACAGAGGAAUGAGGUUUGGCUCCUGUUGCAGGAUUCACUGGUGGAGACCGCCAAGGAGCAGUCCGGCUCCAUAAGCAAUAUGAUCGCGCAGGCCGCCAAAUAG